UUCGAAUUUUCACUUCAAAUUUUCGAUUGAGUGCAAUUCUAAGUUUAAUAGGAGCCAGUAUAGCAGUUUCUUGAGAAGUGGAUGCAGCAUAUUGCGAAUGAAUAAAAUGAAGCCGAAUGGGGAAAGUGGGAAAUACUAAUGAAAGUUUUAUUCUUGUCAAAUUGGAAACUCUGUUUGGGAAACCAAGAAAAAUUAUGCGGAAGAAUAAUCUUUUUGUGUUUUUUCACACGGCUGAAAAUCAUUCUAUCUUUCUUUUUAAAAUUGAAGAGUGGAUGCAUUGCUUUCUGCUACAGAAUCUAAUACCAAUGUCAAUGUGUGACCACUUAACAAAAAGAAAUUAUUUAUUUCUACUCUUAGCUCCUUUAUAUAAACACUACCAUUCCACUUCUUAUGAGGAUAUCAAAAACUCAGACAACCAACAUCUUUCAUCAAGUUGAUAUCUUCUCUCCUCAUAACUUGUAUAAUCUUGUCAUCUUCAUUCUUUUUUGAAUUAAGUGGUGGUAUUAAUUAAUGGCAUCCAGGAGAAUUCUCAAGGAGCUAAGGGAUUUGCAAAGAGACCCUCCCACUUCAUGUAGUGCAGGUCCAGUAGCUCAGGAUAUGUUCCAUUGGCAAGCAACUAUAAUUGGUCCAAAUGACAGCCCUUAUGCUGGUGGUGUUUUCCAAGUCACCAUCCAUUUCCCCCCUGAUUACCCUUUCAAACCUCCCAAGGUGGCUUUUAGGACAAGAGUUUUCCAUCCAAAUAUAAACAAUAAUGGAAAUAUUUGUUUGGACAUUCUUAAGGAUCAAUGGAGUCCUGCCCUCACCAUAUCCAAGGUUUUGCUCUCCAUAUGUUCAUUGCUAACAGAUCCAAAUCCAGAUGAUCCAUUGGUUCCAGAGAUUGCUCAUAUGUGCAAGACUGAUAGGAACAAGUAUGAAUCAAUGGCUCGUAGUUGGACUCAAAAAUAUGCUAUGAACUGAGUCUGAAGACAUCAAGAAAAAACUCUAUUUUGUGACAAACAUGAAUUUCUUGUAAUCAAGCAAUAUAUAAAAUGUUCAGGAAAACUGCUACUCUUAUGAAAAAUGAGAAUGAGUGACAGUUGGAUACCUUUUAUUUUAAGUAUAACUUUGUCUACUUUGA